ACCAGUCAAAGAUUUAGUUUCUUUUAUAAACGACGCCAAAUUAAAUAUUCGUCAGGAAAUCAUGAAUGUAACUCGUUAUCUGACAUAAUCUUUAAAGACGUUAAUCACAAUUAAUUUGCUCAAGCGCACAGGACAAAGUGUCCAAACACUGAGGAAAACUCCUGCUGAAGCGACUGAUGUCCACACUGUUAUAAAGAUGGCGUUUAUUAAAGUGGAGAGUGAAGACCUGAAGAUUGAAGACACAUUCACAGUCAAACAAGAAGAUCCUGAACAAACAGAGCUGAUGGUGCUGAAAGAAGAGACUGAAGAACUGAAUGAAACAGAAGAGAAAGAGCCGAUGGUGCUGAAAGAAGAGACUCAAGAACUGAAGGAAAUAGAAGAGAAAGAUCAGUUUGAGAAAAACCAAGACUUGAUGACUGAUAAAUCUACCACGGCAAAAAAGACUUCACCUUGUGAAAGAGCUCAAGAAACCAAAUCUAAUGGUAACUUUACCUGCAGUCAAUGUGGAAAAAGUUUUGCUAACAAAUACAAGCUUAGAGUUCACAUUAGAGUUCACACUGGAGAGAAGCCUUACUCAUGUGAUCGGUGUGGAAAGAGAUUCAUUGAAAACACAAGACUUGUAUCCCACAUGAGUACUCAUACCAGAGAGAAGCCUUACUCAUGUCCCGAGUGUGGAAAGAGUUUCAAACAAAAACAAAAUCUUGCAAUUCACAUGAGAACUCACACUGGAGAGAAACCUUUCUCAUGUGAUCAGUGUGGAAGGAGUUUCAGUCAAACACAAAACCUUAAAGCCCACAUGAACGUUCACAACAGGGAUAGGCCGUAUGUCUGCCAACAGUGUGGAAAGACAUUCAGGCAAAUUCAAAUCCUUAAAAAUCACAUCAAACUUCACACAGGAGAGAAGCCGUGUGUCUGCCCUCAGUGUGGAAUGAGAUUCGUUCAUAAACAAAGACUUGAAACGCACAUGAAAGUUCACAAUAAAGACAUACAGACAAUAAAGCCUUUCCUUUGCCAGCAAUGUGGAAAGAGUUUUGCUCAGAAUGGUACCCUUAAAAUCCACAUGAGAGUUCACACUGGAGAGAGACCUUACACUUGCGCUCAAUGCGGGAAGAGUUUUACACAGAAAAGCAAACUUGAUUACCACAUGAGACUCCACACUGGAGAGAAACCUUACACUUGCUCUCAAUGUGGAAGGAGUUUUACACAGAAAGGCAACCUUAAUUCUCACAUGAGGACUCACACUUUAGAGAAGCCGUUUAUAUUUGGUCAGUAGAGUUCGGUUUCGAGAAUUGGUUCCAUUUUAGAACUGCAUGGCAAAUGGCAGUUGGAAUUUUGCAGCUGUAUCUAUCUGCCAGGACCUUUGCACGGUUAAGUUUUGCUCCCAAAAUAUGACACUCAAAUGAUGAUUACCCUCAGGGCCGUGCAGAGUGUUGGUCUUUCCCCAAGUCCUCCCGUGCUUAAUAAGUCUUAGGCAGUAAAUAAUGUCAAUUUUUUUAUUGUCUAGUGAAUAAAGCUUCUUCAGAAUUCUGGGCUUUAGAAUAGCAGUCAAUCAGGUGAUCGGGCAGUCCGAAGCGCCGUACAUACAAAAUCACACAUUUUUAUAGACUUCUUUUCUCCACACAUUUCAGAGCAGUCUAGUGUUUAACACACUUAAAAGUUACAAUAGAAAGCUUUCUUGACAACUGAAAGUCAGACACUGUUGCACCUUCACUUUGGUUGCACUUGCUCCUUGUAUGAUUAAAGUGUGUACUUGGCUGAAAACAAUCUAAGGUAACAUAUUGUCCAUUUACUUUCCUUCGGGUAAUUCCUUGAUUCAUCAGGGGUCGCCACAAUGGAAUAAACCCCCAAAUUCUGGCCAUAUAUUUCACACAGUGGAUGCCCUUCCAGCUACAACCCAGAACUGAGACUUCAUCUUUGGGGGAAACUGGAGCACCUGAAAGAAAUACACGUGUAUAUACAGGGAGAACAUGCAAACUUCAUGCAAAAUGACCUCCUCCAGCUGGGACUCGGACCAGCUAAUUUUGCCUGUGAGGUGACCGUGAUCACCACUUGCUGCCCAUGACAUAUAUAUUGUUCACAUUGCUAAAAGGUUUAGCGAUAUAAUAAAUGUUAAUCAUUAGUCAUGCGCUGGUGUUGUGAUCGCCGACAAUCUGGCAGUUGCAGAUUGCUGGAGAAC